AUGGCACCCCAAUUUAAGACUUCAAUCUUUAAGAAGAUUGGAAGGCCUGUAGUAUUCUCUUUUGCUGUCUUCAUUGUCGUUUUCAUUCUGUUCACUUCUUCUUCUUCUGCUAAUGCUCCAAGGGUUGAUAGAAGUCUUACCAGAACUACACAGGAACAAGAAGCAGAGGCCCUUCUCAAAUGGAAAGACAGCCUUGAUAAUCAAAAUCAUUCCUUUCUCUCCUCAUGGAAGCUGCUUCCUCAGAGCUCAACACCACCACUCACUAAUUCUUCCAAAAACUUUGGAAGAAAAGGUAGCAACAGCACUUGUGAGUGGGUCGGAAUCACUUGUGAUGAGUUUGGAAGUGUCAUUCAUAUAAACCUUAAUGGUAGUAGUCUGAGAGGUACGCUCCAAAGUUUCAGUUUCGCAUCUUUUCCAAACUUAUUGUCCUUUGUGCUAUACAACAACUCACUUUAUGGAAGUAUCCCGUCCCACAUCGGUAACCUUUCGAGACUCACCAACCUUGACUUGCAUAUGAACCUUCUUUCUGGAUACAUUCCAUCUGAAAUAGGCCUUCUAACAAGCCUAAGAUACCUUUAUUUGGAUUGGAAUUACUUAAAUGGCUCUAUUCCACAGGAAAUAGGUAUGUUCAAUUCUCUUCAGACACUUCGUGCUUCAAAUAAUAGUCUUUCAGGUUCAAUCCCUGCAUCGGUUGGAAACUUGAGUAAGUUGCUCAUUCUAGAUCUUCGUAAUAACAGAAUUUCUGGAUCCAUCCCUUACGAGAUCGGUAAACUUAAAUCUCUCACCGAGCUUUGCUUGCUAAAAAACCAUCUCACCGGCUCAAUCCCUCCAUCUAUUGGAAACAUGAGCGAGUUGAUCCAUCUGUAUCUUCAUUUAAACAACAUUUCGGGAUCCAUUCCUCAUGAAAUAGGACAUCUCAAAUCUCUCAGAGGACUCAGUCUGAUGUCCAACUAUCUCAGUGGCUCAAUCCCAGCAUCCAUUGGAGAACUCAAAUCACUCAGGGACUUAAGUUUGUUCAACAAUAACAUUGUGGGUUCUAUUCCUCUAGAAAUGAACAAUCUAACAGAUCUAUAA